AUGAAAAAAUCUUAAUCUGAGCAGUAACUUUUACCCCCUGUCAUAUUGUAUAAAUCAACAAAAUAAAACAGCAACCAAGAAUCUAAAAUUAUUCCAAAAUAAAUAGCUAGACCAGAUUUUAAAGUAUCUCCUUAAGAACCUUUAAGACCAAUGAUGUAUAGAAAUCCAAGUAUGCUUUCAAGAGUUCCACUUGGAUUGCCAAAUAAACCAAUCCCUUUAAGAUCUGGUGGUACAGGAGGAUAAUUUACAUCCCUAGAGAUGUUCAACUCUUAGAUUUCACCGAGAGUUACAUCUACUAGUGCUCGAAAUAAAUUUCUAUCUGGAGUUAGAGAUACUUUAUAUCAACCUCUUACAGCAAGAGAAAACAAUAGAUAAUAGUUUAAAAAUUUAAUUACUACUCCACUUGACAAUUAAAAUUCACCUCUUAAUCGAGAUAAAUAACUCAUGAGUCAAACUUCCUGUGGCUCUUUAUUUAAAUGGAAAGGAAAAGACAACUAGUUUUCUGCUUCUUAUGUUUAAAAUAUGAUGUUUGAAAAUAAUACGAUUACCAAAGAAUCUCAAGCGAAAGAAAGACUAAAUCUUCAUUUGAAGCAUUUACAGUUGCUAGAGUAAAAUAAGGUCAAACGUUAGGAGUGGAAAAUUUAAAUAAGAGAAAAAAUCAUUAAGCUUAUCGUGAAACAUGGUCUCUAUGAUGAGUAUAUUCAACAGAUUGAUUAUUUAGUUACCAUGCCCUAUCUAAAAGUUAAGGAAAUAAUUGAAAUGUAGUAUAAUACUUACAAGAAAGAAAAAGGAGCAGUAAAACUCCAGACAUUUUGGAGGAUGAAAAAUAAAAGAACGAAAUAUAUAUAGAGGAGAAACAGAAUUUUUGGGGCUGUGCUAUUAAUUCAGAGAUAUUGGAGAGCAAUGAAAAUAUUUAAGGAGAAGAGAAGAGCACUUUAUUAGAAAAAAAGUGGGGCAGCUAUAAAAAUCUAAAAGUUUAUAAGGGGAGUUUAGUGUCGAGAGCAUUUGAAAAAUAAAAUGGGAUAAAAGUUGAAGAACAAUGAGCAAUUCUUUGCAGAUCUCAGAUAGCAUUAUUUCUUGCCAUCUGUUAAAAAACUCAUAGAAUGGUGGAGAAAAAGACUAAUUCUUAUUAAACUCUAAAGGAAAAAAGUUGUUUAUAAAUGCUUCAUAUUCUGGACUGUGAAUUUCUACAAAAACAAAAUCAAGAGAUUUCUUAAGCAGAAAAAUGCUAAGAAUAAGUAGAAAUCAAAACUAGGAUUGAAUAAAGGUAAAGGUAUGAAAGAUAAGCUUAAUGGAUCAAGUUAAAAUAUCUAAGCAAAAAACUAGUCUAAGCCUGAGACGAUUGUUAUGCCUUUGUAUAAUGAAGACCCAAGAUCUGAGAUAGAAUCAGCUAACUCUAAGCAAAGAGAAAACUUUGAUUCUAUAUCAAAACAAGCUAUUGACAAGCAUAUGGAGAAGCUAGACUUUGAUAAAAUGAAAAAGGCUUAGCUAGCAGUGCUUCCAAGAACAGCAGCACAGGAUGAUGAUGGUUCAAACAAUGAGAAUUCAACAAAUUAAUAGCAGGCAGCAAAGAAAAACGAUUAUUAAAUGACAAGCAUCAAUAUCGAUGAAUUGAGAACUUAAAUCAAAGCUCAAUACCCUCAUUUUCAAACAAUGACUGUUGUAAGUAUUUAUUUUCGUAACACUUUGAAGAGCAAAACUAUUAAUGAGUUGAAUAUUACCCCUGAAGAGUAUCUGAGAUACAACUAGCAUUUGAUUCAUCUAUAAGAAGGCUAAGGCUAUUUACUCCAGCAUAUUAGUUUAGUUGAAUUUGUAUUAGAGGAUAGACUAAAGAGAUUGACAAAUGCAACCAUCAAAGACCAAGUUGACAAGGAUUCAUUUAAAAAAUUUAGUUUGGAAUAAUUCCAAGAAAUGAGGAAUCAAAUCAAAGAUCCAUCUAGAAAUAAGUUGCUAGAACUUAAGAGAAUGCUUAACUUUGUACUAUAAAAUGACAUCAAUAAAGACAUCGGCUCAAACUAUUAUGAUUUAGAAAAUUAUGAAGAGGAGGAGAAUGAUUGCCCUCAGUCAGUGGAGGAAAUUAUGAGGAGAGCAAUGCCAGACUAAGAUUCUGAAGAGGAUAAAAAUGAUGAACAUGAUAAAAUGCUACUUACAGAAUUUAAUAGCAAGGCGAUGAAGCAAACUGUAGUUUUCAAGCCAAAGUAGACAGAAGUUGAAGGUAGUCCACCUAAAAAUUAAACUCAAAUGACAAGUGAAAGAACAAUGACUAAAUAAGAUGAUGCACUCGUAAUGUAGAAUUUUCUUAAGGGCAAUGUGAGGAUUAUAAGAGGAGUUGGUGCUGAAGAAGAGUCAGAAAAUCUAGAUAAAAUCAAUCAACUAUAUGGAAAGAAGGUAAAGACUAUGAGAGUAUCUUCUCGAAAAUCUCCCUCAAGAUAGAGUGAAUCCUCAAAAACUACCUAAAUGACAACAGACUAGAAAACUGGACUCCAAAGUAAUACUAGACUUGCAAAAAUGCUCUAAAAAAACUAAACCAUGCCUGUCAGAGGAUAACAUGAGGAGAGAGAUAGACAGCAAAGUCCAAAGUAAUCCGACUUUGACUAGUAGAGAAAUAGAAUGAACCUUGUAAAGAAUAACUAUGGUGAGAGAGUUCAGCUAAAGACCCCAUUACAGUAGGAUGUAGAUGGAAGGGUGUCUAAAUAAUAGUAGCAAAUUAUGAAUCAUGACUUGAUGGACAAAGAUUAACUGAAUUACUUCAGAAGUCUCUCGGGUUAGAUAUUAGACUAAAUAUCUGAGUAAAAUGAAGAAGAGUAGUAUCCAACUACAGUUCUUGCUCUUCCCAGAAAUAACAUAAAAGUGCCUGAACAGUUCAAAUUAGAGGCUGAAAAGGGUCUGUAUAGAGAAGAAGAUCUUAUUGCUUAAAAUACGGGAUAUGCACAUGAGAGGAAUCGAUCAGAUUUUAAAUCUGAAUACUUUGACAGCAACAUAUCGAUAAGAUCAUAAGUUAAAGAAGAAGACAAUGAAGAUGAUGAUGCUGAUGAGCAAGAAAAAUUGGUCGAGAAGUAGUUGAUUUAAAGCAAUCAGGGAAUUUAUCAACCUGUGGAGAAGCCAUUUGUAAAGGAGCUGAAUAGUAAAAAGAAUAGAAAUAGAUUUAUCAAUAGACCAAUUAAAACUACUACAGCUACUCCAUCUACAAAGAAACAACUUACUGAGGAAGAGUAAAGGUACAUUAAAAGAAUGCUUGGACUAAAUCCUGAUACGAACUUAGAAAAUGAGAAUUUGAACCUUGGAAUAUUUAAAGACUUCUUCUGA